GCUCUAGGAGAAAUGAAUGAAAACGGAGAACUCUUCGCCGACUUCUGCGCCUUCAACGAACUGGUGAUUGGUGGCAGUGUAUACAAGCACAAAGAUAUCCACAAGGCUACAUGGGUGUCACCAGACGGGCAAACCAAAAACCAAAUCGACUUCAUCUCAAUCUCAAGGAAGUGGAGGCGCAGCCUACUGGACACAAAAGCAAGAAGAGGAGCAGACGUUGGCUCAGACCACUAUCUCGUACAAGGGACAAUCCAAAUCAAAUUAAAAGCUUUCAGGAAGCAGGAGCUGCAGAUAGACCACAAGCCAAGUUCAACACUCAAAAGCUGAAGGACCAGGCUACAAAGGACAUCUUCAUUGCAAGCAUAAAGGACAAAGCCGAGACACAAAUCAACACUAGCGAAGAGGUCGGCGUUGAAAAGCACUGGAACAACUUGAAAACGGUGUGGAGCCAAACCUGCAUAGAAAUUCUAGGCAGAAAAAAGAGACAGGACAAACAGUGGCUCACUACGGACACUUGGAAACUAAUAGAAGAGAGAAGGACAGUGAAGCAAAAGAUUAUCCAGUGCACUGACGAGCAACAAAAACAGGAGCUGAAUGCAAGCUACAAUACACUGAACAAAAGAGUGAAGAAAGUGCCAGGGAAGACAAAAGAAAAUAUUAUGAAACCAUGGCAAACGAAGCAGAACAAGCUGCAGGCAAAGGAGACCUCGCCACACUCUACCAAACAACUAGGCACCUUUCGGGCAAACGUUCGACACAGAUUAAGCCAAUAAAGGACGACAAUGGAAAGUCAAUCACCAAAGAGGUGGAACAGAGAAAGCACUGGGUUGAACACUUCAAAAGACUUCUAAAUCGUCCGCCACCUACAACACGCCCAGCAAUACCAACAACGGAAGCAGAACUACCAGUGAACACUGACCCCCCGACGAAAUCAGAAGUCCUGAAU